UCUUCAACAAACUCUCUGUGAAUUAGCUGUCUCUGUCUCUGUCUGUGUCUGUGUCUCCCCAUUCUCCUUCUACGAAACCCUCCCUCCCCAUUUACCAUGUCUUUCAAAUUCAAUCCGUCCCCCUUCUCCCAUCAUAUAUUAAUAACUCCUUCCUCAUCACAAAUCUUCAUUCCAAUUAAUUGAAUUUGAUCUCAAUGGCGUCGAUCGAUCAACCUAAUUUCCACGAUUUCUUGCCUCUGAUGGCGGAGAAGCUAGGCGGCGACGGAUUGCUUGGGGAAUUGUGCAACGGUUUCCAGUUAUUGAUGGACUCCGAGAAGGGGGUCAUCACAUUCGACAGCUUGAAGAAGAAUUCUGCUUUUUUAGGGCUGCAGGAAUUGUCGGAUGAGGAUCUUCACAGCAUGCUGAAGGAAGGGGAUUUCGACGGAGAUGGCGCUCUGAAUCAGAUGGAAUUUUGUGUUUUGAUGUUCAGAUUGAGCCCAGAGUUGAUGGAUCAAUCUCAGCUCUUGUUGGAAGAGGCUCUUAUGCAGGAGGAGGCUGUCCAAGAUUUCGACUUUUCUUUGUAGUCAUCGUUUUAUUUCUUUUUUUUUUUCCCAAUUUUUGAUAUACUUUUUAAUGGAGAUUAUUCCAAACCAUACUAGUACAACUACAUAUAUCUUCCUCUGUUCCAAGAAAAGUCUUUGAUCAUUAUGCAACAACUCAUUGAUUCUGAA